CAUUUCUUUUUUUUUUUUUCCUCCUCGGUUGUUUUUCCUUUUUCCUUUUCUUCUUCUUUUUUUUUUUUUGUUGGUGUUUUGCUUUCUUCACAUCUGCGACGAUGGCGACUUGGGAUGCGGUCGACCAGAUCAGUCCGCUGGUGGACACGGACAGCCUGAAGCGCGGCACUCCGGUGCUCGUCUUCACGCCCAAGCAGAAGCCCAGCAAGAAGAUCAUCAGCCUCGAUCUCAACCCCAUGCAGCUCCAAAUCCUCACACAGGGCCGCCCCGUCCCCGAGCAGCAAAUUGACAUUUUCUUUGUUCGCGAGGUGCGCCAGGGCAAGCAAACGAAAGAGUUUGAUCGCUUCUAUGACGACUACCGCGGUCGCGAGGAGACGUCGUUUGUCAUUUACUACGGCAUGGAGUUUAGGCUCAAGACGAUUGCCUGCGUGGCCGAGAGCGUGCGCGACCGCGACCUCUGGUGCAUGAGUCUGCCGCUGCUCGUCCGUGAGGCGCGCAUCUUCACUGAGCUCCACAUGCUCAAGCGCUGGCUUAUCAAGGAAUGGCAGGCCAUGAACCCCGAGAAUCAACGUGUGGGUGUCAAGGAGCUCACGACCUUCUUUGCGCGUGCAAACCUCAAGGUCAAGAAGGAGCGCAUCAAGGAGCUCAUCCAGCAAGUCGAUACACACCGUCAGGGCACCAUCGGCUUUGACGAGUUUACAGAGCUUCACCGUGCUCUGCUUGCCAACCCCGUCAUUGAAAAGCUGUUUGCCAAGUACUCUGACGGCAAGACCAUGACUCAGGCCAAGUUUACGGACUUUUUGCGCGACGAGCAAGGGGAUCUCCGCGCAUCAGACCCACACUAUGUCAAGUCGCUCAUGCUGCACGUCGUGACGCAAGAAAAGAAAAAGAUUGGUGGCCUUGCCGACCCCGUCUUCCAUCUGCCUUCGUUUGCCACGUUCAUGUUGAGCAAGCACAACAACGUUUACAACGACACGCACUUGAACAACGUCUACCAGAACAUGACGCUGCCCUUGUCGCACUACUGGAUUGCCUCGUCGCACAACACGUACUUGACGGGCGAUCAGUUCUCGUCGGAAUCGACCUGUGAUGCAUAUGCCCGCUGCUUGCGCAACGGCUGCCGAUGCAUCGAGCUCGACUGCUGGGAUGGUCCGGACAACGACCCAAUCAUCUACCACGGCCACACAAUGACCUCCAAGAUCAAGUUCCGCGAUGUCGUGGAGACCAUCAAGCAGCACGCCUUCGAGACGUCGCCGUAUCCAGUCAUUCUCUCGAUUGAGAAUCACUGCUGCAUUGAGCAGCAGCAGGUCUUGGCCACCGUCUUCAAGGACGUGUUUGGCGACAUGCUCUUGACGCAAGUCCUGGACAAGAACGCCGAGCAGCUCCCGUCGCCCGACCAACUCAAGUACAAGAUUCUGAUCAAGAACAAGAAGCUGAAGGAAGGUGCCGAGGAAGAAGUUGUCUCGUCCAACCAGGACGAUCUCUCGCAGUCGCAAAAAAACGGCUACCUGACGCUCGAAGACCCCCUCGACGGCGAGACUGUGCAGUACUACUUUGUGCUCGCCGGCUCCACGCUCCAUUACGGUGAGACUACCACCGACACUGCCGAAACGCAGGAAGCUGAGGUGCAGGAGACUGAGCCUGCCAAGCCCCAGUACUUUGAGCUCCACAACGGCGAGCCCUGGUUCCACGGCAAGCUCAAGGACGGUCGCGUCGAUUCCGAGGCGCGCCUUGCCGCCUUCAACGGCCCGGAUGGCUCGUUCUUGAUCCGCGAGUCUGACACUGCUGGUUUCACGCUGUCGUUCUGGCUGGGCAAGAAGGCACAGCACGUCCGCAUCAAGGAGAACAAUGGCCACUUUUUCCUGACGGAGCACGCCUCGUUCACCACGCUCUACGAGCUGGUCGACCACUACCGUCAAAACACGCUCAAGAGCGCCCAGAUCUCACUCCGUCUCACCGAGCACGUUCCGCUCCCUUCCAACUACGAGAACAAGGAGUGGUAUCACAAGGUGCUCUCGCGCAUCGACGCCGAGAACAUGCUGAAGCGCUGUCGCAAGGACGGCAGCUUCCUCGUCCGUCGCUCCGAGACGAGCGCCGACUCGUUUGCCAUCUCGUUCCUGGCUGCCUCAAAGAUUAAGCACUGCCGCAUCAAGACCGAAGGCCGCUUCUUUGUCAUUGGUUCGACGACGUUUGAUUCGCUGGAAGAGUUGGUGGGCUACUAUGAAAAGCACCCGCUCUACCGCCGCAUCAAGCUCAAGUUCCCCGUUAACGAAAAGAUUCUCGAAAAGCUGGGUCUGUCGGCGCCUGUCGAGCAGACGCGCGUGUUUGCGCGCACGCUGUUCGAGUACAAUGCAUCGCGACCCGACGAGCUCACCUUCACCAAGGAUGCCAUCAUUUCAAACAUUGAGCGCCACGACGGUGGCUGGUGGAAGGGCGAGUACAAUGGCAAGGUGGGCUGGCUCCCUUCCAACUAUGUCGAGGAAAUUGACCUCGACGUCAAGGAGCUGCUCUCCGACCGCGAAAACCCACUCGGUGCCUUGCAGAAGGGCUCGAUCGAUCUGGUCGGCGCAACCGUGCGACCCACCGGCGCGCUUGGCAUCCAAAUCACGACCGCCACCGGCCAGACGUACAACUUGAUGACCAUCGAUCAGGCCGACUUGCAGGACUGGCAAAUGUUCAUUUCGGCAGCGCUGGCCAACGCUGGCGUGCGCCAGGACAACAUUAAGAAGAUGGUUCGCAAGCAAAAGGUCGCCAAGGAGCUGUCCGAUAUUGUUGCCUACUGCCGCUCCAUUCCGUUCGAGUCGUUCGAGGCGAGCCGGGAGAAGACCAAGUACUAUGAAAUGUCGUCCUUUGAGGAAAAGAAGGCCGACAAGAUUAUUCGCAAGCAGGCUGCCGACUUUGUGCACUACAAUCGCCGUCAAUUCUCGCGCACCUAUCCCGCCGGCAAGCGCGUCGAUUCCUCCAACUUUGAUCCCGAAAUUUGCUGGAUUGCUGGAAUGCAACUCGUCGCACUCAACUACCAAACGCCCGAUCGGCCGAUGCAAGUCAACGAGGGUCUCUUCCUCCAGAACAAGCGCUGCGGCUUUGUCGUCAAGCCCGAUCUUCUCGUCAACCACGACCGCUUCUCCGAGUUUGAUGAGACGACUUAUGCCCACAUUCUUCCCAAGCAUGUUCAGAUUCAGAUCUUCUCUGCCAAACAUCUUGUCAAGUCGGGCAAGGGCACUGCGUCGCCGUUUGUCGAAAUUGACAUUUGCGGAGCCGAAGUGGACUCGUCGCAAAAGCAUCGUACCAAGACGAAGCCGGAUAACGGUUUCAACCCUGUCUGGAAUGAGUCGUGCGAAUUCUUUGUUCGUCUUCCCGACGUGUGCUUGCUCCGCAUUGCCGUGAUGGACGAAGAUAUGUUUGGUGACCCAAGCUUUAUGGGUCAGGCUGUCAUUCCAUUCAACAGCCUUCGCCCAGGCUACCGAGCUGUCCCGCUUCGCAAUGGCCACAGUGAAGAGUUUGAGCUGGCUUCCGUGUUCAUCCACAUCACCAUCAAUGACAUCAUCCCGCAAGCGAUCGAAGGCCUUCAGGACAUGGUGAACGAGCUGCAGGAGGAGAGGCAAAUGAUUGAGCAGGCUCUGCAACGGGAGCAAAUCAUGCUCGAUGCCAUGCAAAACAUGGCCCGCGCGGAUCAAAAGAAGGCCGCCCAGGCCAAAAUCUCCAAGGCGCUCAAGGAGUCUGAAAAGAAGACUGAAACCAUGCGAGCUCAAAUUGUGCGCAUCGAGCAAGAGCUGGCCAAGUUGGCUGCUCAGGCCAGCAACGAUCCCAACGCCAACGCGAAGGGCUUUGCGCGCAAGUCUGUUCGCUCGUCCAUCCGCAAUGCUCGCAACAAUGCUUCCCGCUUGUCGAUGACCAAGUGAAGAAGAAGCAAUGUUGUAUUCGUCGCUUCUUCGUUCUCGCUCUUUUUUUUUUUUUUUUUUUUUUCAUAUUGUUUUUGGCUUUUUCGAAAAGUUGUUGUUCUUGGCUAUAGUUUGGUUGGCUGGUUGUGUUUUUGUUUCUCGUCGCCUGUUUUCCUUUGUGUUUUUGUUUUUAUGCAUGCAUCUUCCUUUUCUCGUUCGAUCUAGCGCGCGUCUGUUG